GAACUCAAACUGGACACAAACACAGCAAACAGAGAACUUGUCCUGUCUGAGGACAACAGGAAGGUGACAGCAGUGAGAGAGGAGCAGCCAUAUCCUGAUCACCCAGAGAGGUUUGACACCUGGAGACAGAUCCUGUGUAGUGAUGGUCUGACUGGUCGCUGCUACUGGGAGGUCGAGUGGGAGGGAAAGGUUUAUAUGGGAGUGACUUACAGAGGAGUCGGCAGGAAAGGAGACAAUUAUGACUCUGUUCUUGGAUUUAAUGACAAGUCCUGGACUCUGACCUGCUAUGAUGGUGGUUUCUAUGCGUGGCACAACAACAAAUAUACAGCCAUUCCUGCUCCCCCCUCUAACAGAGUGGCAGUGUAUCUGGACCGGGCUGCUGGCUCUCUGUCCUUCUACAGCGUCUCCUCUGACACACUGAUCCACCUCCACACCUUCAACAGCACCUUCACUGAGCCUCUGUACCCGGGGUUCAGGAUUUGGGAAUAUGGCUCCUCAGUGUCUCUGUGUGACAUUUGAGGAGUGAAAGUCGCCUCCUGUGGAGAAACACUCACACUGCUGAUCAAAGACAUCUGCUUUGAUAUGAUAACUCUCCACACGGUCAAAAAGCCUGAAAUAACAACAUCGAGGACAGACUGAGUGACAGACUCAGGAGGCCACAAAAGCAGCCAAAAAGGAAGUGAGACAGCCACACAGGCCACAGUGCACACAUAGACCCCAGUACACACACAGGCCUCAGCACUGGAGAAGGCCACAUUACAGCCCAGACAAGACAGAGAGAGUUCCUCAAAGUCCAAAGCACAAGAACAUCGAGGAAA